AUGUGCGUCGCCGAACUCUGCGUCACGGUUCUUCCGUGCCAGCACCGCUGGUACCAUCUCGUCCGCCCAUGCACUCCCUCCAGCAACCUCUCCACAUGCGGUAAGAAGCUGGGAAUCUCGGGCUGGGAGGUCAAGUGCGACCACUGCCCCUACUGCCACGGCCACGUUUCCGAGUUCGAGUACAAGCUCAUUGGCGACGGCCCAGCACCUCCGGUCGGAUCCCUCUCAGGCCUUGCGCGCGCACACUCGACCUCAUUGAACGCCGCGCGCCGCGACAUCCGCCUGGACAACAUCACCCGCACCGACAGCGCCACGAGCGUGGGCAGCAAGAGCAGUCUGGUCACAGCAGCAUCCGAGAAGAACCGGGCCAUGAACUCGCGCCUCGACGCCUACUUCUUCCCCUCGCCCGAGUCACCCUACCCUGCCGUGCGCGACGACGACAACGAGAGCAGCCCGGGCGGAAGUCCCAGCGACACUUCUGUCAGCGACUAUGCCAGCGUGCGACACCCCUCUGUCUCGAUGCCAGCUGGCUUGGCGCCACUCAAGGCCAACAUGCUCUCGCGCGUGCGCCAGCGAACCAGG